AGAUGUUUAACACCAGCCAGUCUAUAAAAAGAUGAGGCGUUGCAACCCGCGUUCAGUUUGAAACAAACCAUCAAGGAUGAAGGGUCGGUGGUCCAUACACCGCGCCGUACUGGUAACGGUUAUUGGAUGCCUAGUCGUGGCAACCAGAGCAGAACCGGAAAAUGGAAAUGAAACUAAGGAUGCUGUGAUAAGUGCAACAAAUCCAGGACAAGGAAGUAUUUUAAAAGCUUUAGUGGCGCCAUUUUAUCAACCUAGUGAUCCUGCACGUUUUAGAAGGUCUGAUGCAGAACUCGCAUGGCUCAAGACGCCCGACUCUCAGCUGCUCCCUGGCGGAAGCAUCCGUCGCAAGCGGACAUUCUACAAGAAGAAGUACGGCGGCGGCGGUGGCGGUGGGGGUGGCUGCGGGGGCGGCUGCGGGGGCGGCUGCGGGGGCAGUUGUGGUGGCGGGGGCGGCUGCGGCAGGGGCGGCUGCGGCGGUGGAGGCGGCAGCUACAGCCAGUCUUACUCGCAAUCGUCCAGUGGCUCGUGGGGCAAGAAGAAAUAAUGAUUUUCCAAAAACAUAUAUUAUUUUGUGCACCAGCCUUUCAACAUCUUUAAGGACAUGAGAGCAUUACAAGAUACAUAUGUUUACAAACGUUUCGCAUAGAAUUAUAUUUUGCAGCUGUAUGAAUUUAUAUCGAAGUAAAAUUAUAUGAUACUGUAAUCAAAUACUAUUUUCAAUCAAUGUUAAAUAAAUGCUUUGUUUUAUAUUUACUAUGUAAGAUUAUUUUUAAAUAUAAAUUUGUAAUAUUGUGGGCAGUGAUACGAAUUUUUAAUGAUAUUUUAUCAUGACUUUAUGUAUGUUAAACUGUAAAAUCAAGAUUUGUACUAUGAUUUUAAAUAUUCCAAGAAAACAUUUAAUUCAAAUUCCUCACGUGAUUUG